UUUUCCCUCUGUCUCGCAGGCCUGGCCGGUCUGGAUGCUCGCUCCAGUGGAAGAAUGGGCUCCAGAGCAAUGGUGUACUACAUGUCCACCACAGUAAUAGCUGCUGUUCUAGGUGUCAUCCUGGUGCUUGGAAUACACCCUGGGAACCCAAAACUCAGGUCCGGUCAGGUCAGCUCCGCCCCCAAGAACCAAGAAGUCAGCAGUAUGGAUGCCUUUCUGGAUCUGAUCCGAAACCUUUUCCCAGAGAACCUGGUCCAGGCCUGUUUUCAACAGGUUCAGACGGUGAUGAAAAAAGUAGCUGUCCCAGUCCAGAACCAAACAGAACCGAUCAUUGUCAAUAGGAAAAAACUGGAACUCAAGUGGGGAAUGAAUGUUUUAGGUUUGAUUGGGUUCUUCAUCACGUUUGGCAUCUGCAUGGGGAAAAUGGGAGAGAGGGGGAAGCUCAUGUGCGAGUUCUUUAACAUCCUUAAUGAGAUCAUCAUGAAGAUGGUGUCCAUGAUCAUGUGGUACUCUCCAGUAGGCAUUGCCUCCCUCAUCUGUGGGAAAAUUGCUGCUAUCGGUGACUUGGAAGUGGUGGCGAGGCAGCUCGGCAUGUACAUGGUCACGGUCAUAGUCGGUCUCAUCAUUCAUGGCGGGCUCAUCCUGCCAGUCAUAUUCUUCGCCGUGACUCGGAAAAACCCCUUCACGUUUUACUCUGGUAUCUUCCAGGCUUGGAUCACUGCUCUGGGAACGGCCAGCAGUGCUGGGACAUUGCCAGUGACGUUUCGUUGUCUGGAGGAGAAUCUAAAGAUUGACAAGCGUGUGACUCGCUUUGUGCUGCCCAUUGGAGCCACCAUAAACAUGGAUGGCACUGCACUCUAUGAGGCUGUAGCAGCCAUUUUCAUCGCUCAGAUGAAUGACAUUUCCCUAGAUGGAGGACAGAUUGUUACUGUUAG